GAAACACUGAAACACGAACAGUCCAGAACCUCAGCGAAGCUCCAGACUUCAGUGGUGUUCGACUCGAACUGUGAACUGUUUUAACGACGUUUUCACUCUAGUAGCUACUGGGGAGGGAAGGAGGGACAGAGAGUCGAUUUGGGACACAGCCCGGAAAUCGUAGAACCGCGCGAGCGUUGGAAAAGUCGUCUUUACUUCCGGUUUAAACAAACAAACAAACAGACAAACACACACGGCGGAUUCACACCUGAGAGAGAGAGAGAGAGUCCCUGACCCCGCCCACUUUUCCCCAUGACGACGUCACAGAGAUACCAGAACUCCAGAGCCACAGUCGGAAAGUUGGAUGUGGAAUUCCAGACUCCGGUCGUCUCGGAAAACUUUCAGAGUCGAUUUGGAUGGAGAGCUCACAGAGCCGAGAGCGAGACGGGUCCUGGGGGGAAGACCCCAGACAACAUAGAGGAAUCGUGCAGCUCUGGCAGCAGUCCGUCCUUCCAGCCAAUCAGGAGUCAGAUUCCCAUCCCCACCGCACAUGUCAUGCCCUCCACGGCCCACAAUCCUUUGCAGCGCCCCACGGACUCCCAAUUCAGAUCGUCUCUCUGUAAAUCUGCAUCCUCCCCCAACCUGGAGGCGCAGGACAGCGGAGUCAAACAGGACUGUCUGAGUCGCUACCGCAGCCUCGUUAACGGGCUGGACCACUCUCUCUUCCCCGGCGCGGACCCCAACCACACCCGGCUGGACGAGGGCCAGGGUUUUGACACCCCCCCGGUGGAACCCACUCUAAACCAGUCCGCUCUGCUUGGAGGCUUCGGACCCGACGUCAGGAUGAAGCUCCACAUGACUGGACUCGGGGACGGAGCCGAAUAUCGGACCGAGGCCUUCCAUGUCGCUUUGGAUCAGACCUACAAGGUGUUACCUGAAUCCAGAAUGGGGAUUCCCUUCUCCUGCUCCUCCUCCUCCUCAGAGUCAUACGGCAAAGCGAAGGCAUGUCCGGGUGACAACAUGGCCGACUGGCAGCAGAAAUUCGAGAGCUUGCGAAUGCAGGUGGAGCAGAUGCAGUUAUUAGGGAAUGUACAGUACUCGUCUACGUAUCCGACUCCUCUGCAGCCUGAAAGCAGUAAAUGGGAGGCGGUGAUGAAGGCCAAUGAGAGUCUGCUGAAGGAGAAGGAGCUCAUCAUUGACAGGCAGAAGCAGCAGCUGUUUCAGCUCGAGCAGCGUCUCCGAGAGAGCGAGCUGCAGGUCCACGGAGCUCUGAUGGGCCGCGGAGCUCCGUUCAGUGACGUCUGUCUGCUCAGACUGCAGGAGGCGCAGCGCGAGAACGCUUUCCUGCGUGCCCAGUUUGCCGAGUGCAGUGACUCAUUCACUCAGGAGAAGCUGGAGGCAGACCGGCGUCUGGGAGCCGUGGAGGCGGAGACACAUCGUCUGAGUGAGAGUCUGAAGGAGGUGGAGAAACACGCAGAGGAACUGAAAAAGCAGGAGGAGAGGAUCCGUAACAGAGACAAACACAUAAACAACCUGAAGAAGAAAUGCCAGAAGGAAGCGGAGCAGAACCGAGAGAAACAGCAGCGCAUAGAGACGUUGGAGAGAUACCUGGCAGAUCUUCCCACCAUGGAGGACUACCAGAGCCAGAAGAAACAGCUGGAGGCAGCAGAACAGAAGGUGGACGAGCUGCAGGGGUUGGUGGAGGACCUGGAGGCUCAGCUAAAGGAGGUUCGAGCAGUCAAUCACUCUAAAGAUGGACAGAUGGAGGAGCAAAAACUCAAAGAGAGGGAGCUGCUCGCUACGGUUACUAGUCUGCAGGCCCGAGUGCAGGAGGGUUUGGACGACGGAGCUCGGUUGCCAUCACUGGACGUCGAGAAGCUCAGAGAGGAAAACGUGACUUUGAAAGAAGAGCAACAGAAACUUAAAAAGGUUAUCGAGAAGCAGCUGAGGAUGAUGGAGCAACUCAGCUCGGAGAUCAGGAGUGUUCAGCAGCAGCUAGUAGAGGAGGAGAGCAGUAGUCAGGCUCUGAAAGAUGAUCUGGAUUUGAAAGAUCAGGAGAUGCUGCAGUUACGCUCUGCUGUGAAGGAGUUGUCCGUGCAGAACCAGGAGUUGAUGGAGCAGAGUGUGUGUCUGCGUGAGCGUCUGCAGGUUGAGUCGAGUGUGUGUGAUGUGCGACUCCUUCAGCAGCUGCUCUGUGAAAUGGCGUCGUGUCUGAACGACCUGCGCUCCCUCUGUAGCGUCCUCACACACACGGCCCACGGCCGAGACCCCAACCUGUCCCUACUGCUGGGGGUCAGCGCUCCUGUUGUAUCAGAAGCGUGUGAUGAUUGGUUAAAUGCUGCAGUUCUACAGAAGAAACUCCAGGAGGCGCUGCAGCUGAGACGUGACGUGGAGGACCUGCGGAACACUGUCUCAGAUCGCUACGCCCAGGACAUGGGGGAAAACUGCACCACCCAGUAACACAGAACCUACAGAACCCAUAAACACAGAACCCAAACUGAUACCCGAACCAGAAAAGAACAGACAGAACCACAUCAGAAACAUGCUUUAUCACAAAUACAUCCAGAACCAGAAGAAUUGGCAGAACCACAGAUCCACCCUACAGGAGAUAAAAGAAACUAAUGAGAACCAGCAGAACCUGUGGAACCGAACCAGAGACUGACUUGUUUUCUCUUAAAGGGCUAACGAAGCAAAUGCUAACAAUACUACAAAACUAUACACUACACAACUAUACACUACACACUACAAAACUACACAACUAUACACUACACAACUCUACACUACACCACAGUGCUAUUUUUGUAUUAAGGAUUUUCUACUCUAUUUUUCUGAUUGUGUUUGUGUAGCACGCGUAACACGUUUAUCCUGCGUGUUCAGGAACCAUUGUGAUGUAGUUGAUAAUCAACUGAUGAUAUUUUAAAACUUGCGUGUUCUAUUUUUUUUGCUCGGGUAACACACACACACACACACACACACACACGAGGUGUAACGAACUGUGCGUUGUUCGCUAUGUUUGAUGAGACUCUCGCUGCCUGUGUCUCUCUUUCUGCUCGUCUCGUGCUCGUUAUGGUUCUCGUGUGUAAUCACAGGCGUCGAUUAAAAACUCACGUUUUGGUUUGCGUUUGAACAUUCCGCGUGUCGCACGUCACAAGCGUGACACGUUUAUUUGACGAUGAUUCGAAGUUCUUCAAAGCUGAAAAUGUCUUUGUUUUGUGUGUGUGUGUGUGUGUGUGUGUGUGUGUGUGUCACUGAUCCUUCACACGUUGCUCUGAGAGACAGAGGGCUUUAGGUUAGUGAUUAAUUUAUUACAUCUCCAGCUGUUUUUCAGCUCUAAUAUGUUUCAAGUCUUCCAGAUGUUGUCACUUUACAGUACUGUAACCUGUUCACACUAACAUGGAAAUGUAAUUGUGUGUGUGUGUGUGUGUGUGUGUGUGUGUGAUGACUUUUUAGAAAUAAAGAUUUUUCUCCCAGA